CAUAAAACAUCCACAGAAGAUGAACAACGAAUCCUGUGUUUUGAAAUCUGACUACGCUACAGUACUGUGACAGCUGUGAAUCGUCUCAUCUCGCUAAGUUAUCUUAUAGGGACACGUUACAUGAGCUAGUUGUUUUGGCACUUGUCCACAAUGGAAGAAGCAGGAUACACAAGCCAUGGCUUCGGCUACUUCAGGUUCUAUUCACUUCUUCCACAAUGAUUUUUGAGGAUGAGAUACAAAUGAAAGAAUACCUGAAGAUGAUGACUGAUAUGAUUGUGUUGUGUGCCACCCUGGCCAUCUCCCUCUUCUUCUGGAUCAUUUCCAUCACAGCCAGCACAUAUUAUGGCACUCUCCAGCCGGUGUCUCCAUGGCGAUGGUUGUUCUCCAUCCUGGUUCCUCUGACUCUCACCACACGGGCCCUGAAGAAGAGGAGUCUGGACCACAGCGGCGCCCUGGGAGCCCUGCUGGUCGGCUUCAUCCUCACCAUGGCCAACAUGAGUUUCUUCUCCGCCCUGCUGGCUUUCUUCAUCACCUCCUCCAAGCUGACACGCUGGAAAGAAGAGGUCAAGAAGAAGCUAGACUCUGACUAUAAAGAAGGUGGUCAGAGGAACUGGAUACAGGUGUUCUGUAACGGUGGUGUCCCCACAGAGCUGGCCCUGCUGUAUAUGAUCGAGGUGGGUCCAGGGGAGAUGCCGGUGGACUUUGGGAAGCAGUACUCAGCCUCCUGGAUGUGUCUGUCUCUGCUGGGGGCCUUGGCUUGCUCUACGGGGGACACCUGGGCAUCAGAGGUGGGGCCCGUCCUCAGUCAGACCAAACCCCGCCUCAUCACCUCCUGGAGAGAGGUCCCUACAGGGACCAAUGGAGGAGUGACCCCAGUGGGUCUACUGGCUAGCUUCCUGGGGGGCCUGGCAGUGGGCGUGGCUUACUAUAUCUCUCAGAUCCUAUUGGUCCGUGACCUGCACCUGGCUGAUCCCCAGUGGCCAAUCAUAGUCUAUGGAGCCAUGGCUGGCCUAAUUGGGUCCAUGUUGGACUCUGUUCUGGGAGCACACUGGCAGUACUCAGGCUACGACGAAAGCCUCGGGAAGGUUGUUAACUAUGCGUCUGUGACAACUAAGCGGAUAUGUGGGAAGCCUAUCCUGGACAACAAUGGCGUUAACCUCUUCUCUUCCAUCAUAGUAGCUCUGGUUCUUCCUGGUGUUGCAUGGAGCUUCUGGCCUCACUAGGGAAGGAACUCUUUACGUUUCCCUGAUUUCUGUUUUGUCAACAAUUUUUUUUUUGCAAAAAAAUGUUUUGCUUGUUGUAUUGAAGUCGUGCCACGAAUGUUUUAUACUUUACCUAGUAUGGUGUAGCUUGCUGUCUAAGGAAAUAGAGUUACCAUGCUAUAACUAACCUCACAACUCUGUGUUUGUCUUUAUGGUAAUACAUUUGUUGACCUUAGUUUAAUCAUCUAGAUUUCAGUUGUUUACUAAAAUGCAUUACGUGCAUGGACUAUAGGAGAGUUGUUUUUUCUGUUUGAUUGAUUGAAUCUUUUGCUAAACUUGUUGUAAUGCUCUUGAGUAGGCCUACACCCUACACUCUACACCCUACACUAGAGAAGGGAUGAGAGAAACCUACACCCUACACUAGAGAAGGGAAGGGGUGAGAGAAGCCUACACCCUACACUAGAGAAGGGAUGAGAGAAGGGAUGGGGUGAGAGAAGCCUACACUAGGGAUGGGGAAGGGGUGAGAGAAGCCUACACCCUACACUAGAGAAGGGAAGGGGUGAGAGAAGCCUACACCCUACACUAGAGAAGGGAUGGGGAAGGGGUGAGAGAAGCCUACACUAGGGAUGGGGAAGGGGUGAGAGAAGCCUACACCCUACACUAGAGAAGGGAUGGGGAAGGGGUGAGAGAAGCCUACACCCUACACUAGAGAAGGGAUGGGGAAGGGGUGAGAGAAGCCGACACCCUACACUAGAGAAGGGAUGGGGAAGGGGUGAGAGAAGCCUACACCCUACACUAGAGAAGGGAUGGGGAAGGGGUGAGAGAAGCCUACACCCUACACUAGAGAAGGGAUGGGGAAGGGGUGAGAGAAGCCUACACCCUACACUAGAGAAGGGAUGGGGAAGGGGUGAGAGAAGCCUACACCCUACACUAGAGAAGGGAUGGGGAAGGGGUGAGAGAAGCCUACACCCUACACUAGAGAAGGGGUGAGAGAAGCCGACACCCUACACUAGAGAAGGGAUGGGGAAGGGGUGAGAAGCCUACACCCUACACUAGAGAAGGGAUGGGGAAGGGGUGAGAAGCCGACACCCUACACUAGAGAAGGGAUGGGGAAGGGGUGAGAAGCCUACACCCUACACUAGAGAAGGGAAGGGGUGAGAAGCCUACACCCUACACUAGAGAAGGGAAGGGGUGAGAAGCCUACACCCUACACUAGAGAAGGGAUGGGGAAGGGGUGAGAAGCCGACACCCUACACUAGAGAAGGGAUGGGGAAGGGGUGAGAAGCCUACACCCUACACUAGAGAAGGGGUGAGAGAAGCCUACACCCUACACUAAAGAAGGGGUGAGAGAAGCCUACACCCUACACUAGAGAAGGGGUGAGAGAAGCCUACACCCUACACUAGAGAAGGGAUGGGGAAGGGGUGAGAGAAGCCUACACCCUACACUAGAGAAGGGAUGGGGAAGGGGUGAGAAGCCUACACCCUACACUAGAGAAGGGAUGGGGAAGGGGUGAGAGAAGCCUACACCCUACACUAGAGAAGGGGUGAGAGAAGCCUACACCCUACACUAGAGAAGGGGUGAGAGAAAGAAGGGACAGUGUUAUGUCGCCAGCCCCCCAAACAUAACACUGUCCUAUAAUAUAACCAGAUGAACUCCUUUAUGAAUGUGGUUUGUAAUGGUUGUUUUGAUAAACUCCUUUAUGAAUGUGGUUUGUAAUGGUUGUUUUGAUAAAGUGUCGGCAUCCUGUGGUAAGUGAUUCAUUGAUGCUGUAAAGCAAUUAGCAUUGAAAUAAAUACUUCAUGGAUUUUUUGCCUUAUUGCAUCAUAUGAAUGUUGAGAGGGCAACAUUACCAGUGAUGAUUACCCUUUCUAGGACCGUGACCUGAGUACAUAUUACACCAGCAGCUGAUCUAGAAUCAGGGCCUGUAUUCACAAAACCUUUUAGAGUAACACUGCUGAUAUAUGAUCAGUUUUACGUUUAGAUUUAUAUUGAUUAAGAUGCCAUGGACAGGAGGAACCUGAUUCUAGAUCAGCACUCCUACUCAGACGCUUUGUGAACGCGCCGUGUAAUUACAUCAGUCUUGGAGCGAGUUCUGUGUGAAUUCUAAGAGAGGGCUGGAAGGGGGCAGGGUUCGCGCCUCAUGGUUUGUAAAGGGGGAGUUUCCUUAAGUUACGCAAGCCCGGCUAGCUCAGUCGGUAGAGCAUGAGACUCUUAAUCUCAGGGUCGUGGGUUCGAGCCCCACGUUGGGCGCUGAUCUUUUGAAAGAUCGCUUUAAUCCUUCUCAAUAAAUAAUAUACGAAGAAGUUCUUAGUUUGAACAAAAAUGUUGAUAUUCUCUGUACACUUGAAGUCUGGUGCUGUGUGUUUGAUAUUUAGAAAAAGUGCCUGUUCCUCCUGCACACAAUGCUGAAGAAUAGGGCUACCUACUUUUGAAAAGGGCUUUUAUGUGUUUGACAAUAAUUAAAAGUAUUCGACUUGGAGUUUAUUUCCCCCCCCCAAAAAAAUCACAACGUACACUGAGAAAAUAAAUUAUGAGAUAUGUCAAAACAUGUUUUCUGAGAGGGUGGGGUUUGUUAUGCUUGUGCCGUGGCAACUACCAAUGAGAGGAGCGUAUUUGAAAUACGUCAUGGAGCACCACUUUCGAAACGUCCUAUUUGACAUGAACUCAGCUGAUCGGUACUAAACUAACUGGAUCUCAAGCCUUGACUACUUUUUUCCUGCUGCUUGACUGUGGCUAAUAACAUUUUUAAAAAGAAGGGAAAAUGAGCUCUGGAAAAGCACUGCAGUCGGUGUCUCCUCACAACAAUCAACAGCCGCCGACACCAAGCCUGGCGAAAAGAAAGACAUUUCAAGAAAAGUCUGCAAUAAGGAGUCCAACAGACAAUGUGAUGUCCCCAUGUACAAGACAGCUCAUGAAGAAAGCUAUCAAGGACAUACCGUCAUCUCCCAGACCCAGACGGGAAGCAAAAGAGAACACUGCAAAUAAAUGAAUGACCUUUUUAUGUACAGUGUGAUGUCUUUACGGUAUUCCUCUCUCUGCUAAGAUGGUCAGAUCAAUCAAUCAUUGACACUUUCCUGACAUUAUACUGUCUUAAGAUGUUCUUACUAACCAAGCUGCUCACACUUUAUUGAUCCAUUAUGCAAUAUGUUGUAUAUGGGGGGGUUAUAUUCUUCAUUAAUAUGGUGUAUAUGGAGGGGGGUUAUAUUCUUCAUUAAUAUGGUGUAUAUGGAGGGGGGUUAUAUUCCUCAGUAAUAUGGUAUAUAUGGGGGGGGGUUAUAUUCUUCAUUAAUAUGGGUGUAUAUGUGGGGGGGUUGUUAUAUUCUUCAUCUAAAUCACACUGUUUGUGUUUUUCUUGUGAAUGUUUAAUGCUAUUUGCACUUUAGAGGACUUAUGCUGUUUAUUGUACACUGCUUUAAGUGGUGGGGGUGUUAUCUCAAACAAGUGUUCUGUAUGUAUGCCCUUUGCACAGGUUGACUUCCAUGGUUUAAAAACAUUAAGUAGACUACUUUAUAUUCUGUUUGUACAUUGGCUUUAUGUUGCUCAGUUUUCAAUAUGUAACUAGCAAAAAAAGGACUUGGCUCACUGCUUUCAAUAAACAUAUUUGAUAUGGA